AUGCUGGGACCAGCCGACGGAUCCAUCAAAGACAUGAUCCAUGACUGGACGACGAGUGGGUCAGGGUCAGGUUUGCCGUUGCUCGUUCAGCGCACGAUCGCGCGGCAGGUCACGCUCGUGGAGAACAUAGGGAAGGGUCGGUUCGGCGAGGUGUGGAAGGGCCGGUGGCGCGGCGAGAACGUCGCCGUGAAGAUCUUCUCGUCGCGCGACGAACGCUCGUGGUUCCGUGAGGCCGAGAUCUACCAGACCGUCAUGCUGCGACACGAGAACAUCCUCGGAUUCAUCGCCGCCGACAACAAGGGUAGGUGGCGCCAGCAGUGGUUGGGUCGGUCGUUCAAGCGUCG